GCCAUCACAAGAGGGCUCUGCGCAGCUGGCAGCCCCGGCUCGAAGGUGGAGUUACUUCCAGGGCAGAAGAAAACGAAACUCCGAAGCAGAAGAAGCUGAGGGGACGCCUGGCCAGCAAGCGGAGGGCCACCAGCGCUUCCCACGCCUGCCCAUGGCUGCGAAAGCCCCCGCAAGCCAGCAGAGCUCGGAGUGCGAGACCCAGCUGCUAGAAGAUGAAUUCCAGUUCGUGCUCUGCGAGGGCUGCCAGCAGGAAUCACCCAACCUCAAGCUCCUCACCUGCCUCCACACUUUGUGCCUCGGCUGCCUCAGUGAAAACAAGCCCAUUGGCCAGUGCCCCAUCUGCCAGACCGCCAUCCCGCAGGCCAGCGGCAUCCCCGACCGGGACAACCUGCUGUUCACCAGCCUGCAGGCCAGGCUGAGCAUCUACAAGAAGAUCGUUGCCAGAGUUGACUUGUUUUGCAACAACUGCAAGAGAGAGGGCGAGUUCUGGUGCUUCGAGUGUGAGGAGUUCCUGUGCAUAAAGUGCUUUGAGGCCCACCAGAGAUAUCUGAAGAGGGACAGCCACAAAGCCAAGAGGGUGACGGAUGUCAGGGCAGGGUCAGCUAGGGACUUUCUUAAGGGUACCAGGAAGGCUAGUAACUUAUCCUGCUCCAACGUGACUCACAAGAGCCAGACAUUAAGCAUCUACUGCAAAAAGUGCUGCAAGCCUGUCUGCUGUGUCUGUGCCCUGCUGGAGGGCAAGCACGUGGGCCAGCACUGUGAUAUCAACACCGAGAUCCAGCUGAGGCAGGAGGAGCUGAGCACCAUGAGCCGGGAGCUGAAGCAGAGGAAAAGUGGCUUCGAAGAUGCCUACAAGGCCCUGCAGGACGAGGUGGCCCACCUGGAGCAGGUGAGCAGAGAGACCCGGGAGCAGAUCCAGCAGCGCGUGGAGCAGCUGGUGCGGCUGAUCCGGCAGGAGGAAGAGGAGCUGCUGGGGCUGGUGGAGACGCGGCGGGAGCAGGGCCGCCGGGAGCUGGCAGGGGAGCUGCGGCGUGUGGAGGGCGUGCUGCGGCGCAUGGAGGCCGGCGAGCGGCUGGUGGAGAAGAUGAGCCUCUAUGCCACGGAGCAGGAGGUGAUGGACAUGCAGCCCUUCAUCAAGGACUCCCUGGAGGAGCUGCGGAGGCUGCAGCCCACGGCGGCCGGGGGCCAAGUGCAGGCCACCAGGGACUUUGCCGAGUGCAGAGACAGGCUCCAGGCACUGGCGGAGCGAGUGAUGGGGCAGACAGGAGCUGCCUCUGCUCAAGCCACAGAAAACUCCCAGCAGGUCAUCGCUGCAUCCACUCCUGUGAAGAGGAAAAAUGUUCAAAAUGCAGAUAUCCUGCCAUCACCAGUGAAGGUGAUGAGGGUUGAAGACAAUGACUUUGAACGGAUGAAAUCAGGAGUCCUGCAGAGACAAAACUCCUUGGAUCAGCCUGGAACCAGCUAUCCAGUGUCUGCCAUGACUCAAACCACCAAGGAAGAUAGCCUAUUGGAAGACGUGGAAAAUGGCAGUGGUGGGCUGCAUGAUUUAGAUAACGAUAUUUUCUGCUUGGACAGUUUUGAAGAGGACAGCAGCGAUGAGGAGUCGGACCCCAAUCUGCUAGAUGAACUCAACAGCACACUCGAUGAGAGCAUCAGUGAAGACUGCCUGGGCAUUACCAUCAGCAACCAUACCACACUUGACUCUAGACAAGGAUCCCUGCUGUUCUUUGAUGUAAAGAUUUUGAAAAAUGGAAUCAUUCAAGUGGCGGUGGUAGACAAAGAGAAAAUUUUCCCGAUCCUGAUUCAGCCAGUGAAAUGUUUAUCCACCUUGAUGGCCAGAAAUGCUGUCUGUGAGGUUGGCCUGAGGAAUCUGUUUUGCCACCUCAACACCGUUAACAGGCCCAUCCUGGGCGGAUUUGGUCUCUGGUCACUCCCCUUCCCCACCUUCUUCAAAGCCCUGACAUUUGUGGACAAGAAAGGGGAAUUCAGAUCUGCUGUGUAUGGUUUCCUAGACAUUUUGCCUCUGAUUAAAGAGAGGAUCCCUGAGAGGGAUAAUUACAAGCUGAAGACUUUGGCCAACACUUAUCUCUGGCGACAGCUCAGUGAUUGCAGCGCCAUGGAGAACGUGAAGGCUAUGAAGGAUCUGUUUGAGGUCCUGGAUAUUGACCUGGUUGAGCAACCCAGGCUGAUUCUCAGCCAUGCCAGCCUGGAGUGCUUCAUCUCCCUCGAGCCCUUGCUGACUGAGAAACUCCUCACCAAGCCAUCAGCCCAAACACUGGCCAGUCACAACAUCGGCCUCUCUGAGCUCUUGUCCUGCUACAGGGAGAGCCCCAACAAGGGGCUCCAGAGAGUGUGCCGUCUCGUCAAUGCUCAUCGGCACAGCUCCGAAAAGAGGGUCCGAAACCUGAGCAAGAUCAAGGUCUACUUCCAGCGCCAGCAGCAGUCAGUUGAAUGCCAGACGACCCCUGCAGGCAGUGAUUUUCCAAAAACAUAAAGAAUGAGAAAAAAUGUUGAAAGAUGUCUGUACCUGUCCUGUACAGGACUCUGUCUCUCACCUAUGGGGAAUAACUCCUAGAGAAAAUUACCAGCUCAUGUCGCUAGUUUUGCAUUCAAGAUUUCCUGCCUGCUGCUGCCUGGGGUGAGGGACCUGAGUUUUGAUAUGUGACAGUCUCUUGCUCUCCUCUCUCAUCUAAAUAUUUGUGUUAAGGUGAAGAGCUUAGGACACUAGGUUGGCUGGGACAUAUCCUCUGGCUUUGCUCUGAUCUUGACACCCUGUAGCCUCACUGUAGCUUAGUUUCCCCUCUGGAUGGAUCAAGCCAAAUACAGGAAGAAAUCUUUCCAUGAUUUCUGGGGAAGGAUGCUGCUUCUUGUGGUUCCUCCUGCCACAGCGCCUCUGCUGGUUUGGGGCUUGGGGGGCUUGGGAAGAGAAGAGGAAGAGGGAAGGGGGCAAUGUGGUUGGAAGCCGAAGGGAAAAAUAGCAGGUACUGAAAUUAAUUUAGAAGGAUCAAGGGAAUAAAGGAUGCCUGUAUUUGCUGGGAGGGGUCAAGGUCAGGGAGAGGAGAAGGGAGAAUGUGGAAGAAGGGGUUAGGAGAGCUCUUGGCCCUUUUUUGGCAUGAUCCAUACCCAGUUCUGCUCCCCAACUUGAUAAUAAGUGUCCCCCCCCCUUGCACGUCCUGCCCCCCCUUAGCCCCGUCUGCCCAGCUCGGGGGCGUACCUGCCUCUUAUGGGUACCCGAAUUCCUUGUCCAUCUUCUCGUGAGCAGGACAGCAAGGACAGAGGGCUGUCCCUCGUGCUCCCCUUGUCAGAGCUGCUCUGUUGCCCCAAGUAGCUGAGCCUUCCUGUGAGCCAGUAUUUGCGAUGUCACUGUGGGAGGAACCAAAAACAGCCAUAUUCAGUGCACGUCUUUCAGCCAAGAGGAUUCAGUGCCUAAGUGGCACAGAUUCAAGCCCUCUGCUCACAUGCUCUGGUAUUCACCUUCUGGCCCAGAGCCGAGUCCCAAAGUAGGACAGUGUGAACACAUGAGACAGCAGACCCUGGAGAGUGGGGGACCUGGGCUGAAGAGAGAGACAAAAAAAAAAGAAAUCACCUUUGGGUCCAUCCAGUCUGAGGUAUGAACCUCCUAAGGGAGUGCACACUGAUAUUGUUUUCCUACCUCUCCCUCUGCUUUUCAAGCUCGAAGAUAGACAGGGAAUCGCUUGGUCAGGGAUUGAAUCUCAUUGCUCUUUCCGUAGAGGCUCCGGUGCCUGCUUUCAGAUGCAGAAGAAAUAAAUCAUUUACUUAAUUUGA